ACCCUAAAUUCUCAAAUGGCCUCCUGGCCGGACCACCACAUCAACGGCGACACCAAAACCCACAUCUCCAAAAAACUUAAACUUUCCCCAAAUUUCAUCACCGCCGCCGAAAUCGCCGCCGAAUUCUCCCACCACGACCCGAACGUCGCCCGGAUCAACAACGGAAGCUUCGGCUCCUGCCCCGCCUCCUUGAUCGAAGCCCAGCGGCGGUGGCAGAUCAAAAACCUCGCCCAGCCCGACCAGUUCUACUUCAACGAGCUUAAGAAGGGAAUCCACCAUUCCAGAACCAUUAUCAAGGAGCUCAUCAAUGCCGACCAUGUCGACGAGGUCUCACUCGUCGACAACGCCACCACCGCCGCCGCCAUCGUGCUUCAGCAGACGGCCUGGGGGUUUUCGGAGAGCAAAUUUGAAAAAGGUGAUGCUGUGGUGAUGCUUCAUUACGCUUAUGGCGCCGUGAAGAAGUCGAUUGAGGCAUAUGUGACGCGUGCCGGUGGGUAUGUGAUUGAAGUCCCUUUGCCUUUUCCUUUGAAAUCAAAUGAUGAAAUUAUCUCUGAAUUUAAGAAAGCUUUGGUGAGAGGGAAGGCUAAUGGUAGGAGGGUUAGGUUAGCUGUGAUUGAUCAUAUUACUUCAAUGCCCUGUGUUGUUAUACCUGUUGAAGAAUUAGUUCAGAUUUGUAGGGAAGAGGAUGUUGACCAGAUUUUUGUAGAUGCUGCUCAUAGUAUCGGGUGUACUGAUGUCGAUAUGAAGCGAGUUGGGGCGGAUUAUUAUACUAGUAAUUUGCAUAAGUGGCUCUUUUGCCCCCCGUCUAUUGCGUUUUUGUACUGUAGGAAGUCUCCCAAGUGCCCAGAGUUGCACCAUCCUGUUGUUUCCCAUGAGUAUGGUAACGGGUUGGCUAUAGAAAGUGCUUCGGUUGGGAAUAGGGAUUAUAGCCCGCAAUUGGUAGUGCCUUCAGUUUUGGAAUUCAUCAAUAGGUUUGAAGGAGGUAUUGAGGGGAUCAAGAAGAGGAAUCAUGAGGCUGUUGUUGAGAUGGGGCAGAUGUUGGCCAAGGCAUGGGGAACACAUCUCGGGUGCCCUCCGGAGAUGUGCGCCAGUAUGAUCAUGAUUGGGUUGCCAGCUUGCUUGGGGAUCUUGAAUGAGACGGAUACUGAGAAGUUAAGGACACAUUUGAGGGAGAAGUUUGGUGUUGAAGUUCCGAUAUAUUUCCGACCACCCAAGAAUGGGGAGGUUGAGUCAAUAAAUGGGUAUUGUCGAAUUUCUCAUCAAGUGUACAACAAAGUCGAUGACUAUUACAAGUUCAGAGACGCAAUUAAUCAACUUGUUUCUGAGGGGUUUACUUGUGCUCAACUUUCUAACUGAUGAGUCCAAUGAAGCACCGAAGAAGCUCUUCUAUGAAUAACAACCAUGGCUAUAUCUGCAUUGCCUGCAUCCCUCAGCAGUUGCAAAUGGUUUCGGUACCAUUAAUCCCUAAAACUUGUAGAGAAACAAACUGCUAAGUGCAUGUAUCAAAGCAGAAACAAAUUUCUUCAUGGUUUUGGUGUUUGGUUUCCUGGACGUGUUAAUAACUGUCUGUUGAGCAUUGUCGGAAUUGUUGUUGUUGUAAAUGUUUAAUGAAUGUUUCGACAUUUGCAUGCUUAAUUAUCUCAUAAAAUCUAAACAGAAAACUUAAAUCGAAA